CAAACCGUAGAUAACACAGUGCAUCCGUUCUAUCAUGGAGCCUCAAAAUAGUUAGACGAUAAAACCCCGCCACACCAAGGUGCGCAUGUGUGCCUGUAUACACUGGAUCACAGCCUGCAAGAACGUGGCUCAACUGCGUCAAGAACCUUCCUCACCACCUUCACCCUACCCUAAACCGGGGUGUCGCGGUUGACUAAAUUACCAGCCGACCCCACCUGAUGUAGAUAUAAAUAGACCUCCUGCGAGGAGAGCGAUUAUCAGUAUAAUCCGGGGAAUCAAGAGGUGCUUGUAUAACUGGUAGCUGAUGGUAACAGGAUCCCUAGACGAGAAACUAUUAGUGAUCAAAGGGCUGCAUCGACAUCAAUACCCGCAUAACCCAUUAAUCAAAAAGAUGAUCUCAAUCGGAGGUGCGUCAAUUCGCGCCAUCCUGAUUCUGACAGUGUUUCUCCGGGGAGUGCGAUCCACUGCGACGUCUGACGAGAUAAUCGGAGGUUCUGACAGUAUCGGAUACGGGAUUGGUGGUUACGGUGGUUCGAUCGGCGGGAUUGGAGGUCGUCUUGGCUUCGGAAGUGGUCUCGGUUCCCUGGGGUUUAACGGCGGCCAUCUAGGAUACGGGUCUGGACUUGGCGGUAGGACCAGGUCCUUCUCAUCCAGCUACGGUGACGUCGGAUCUGACAUCAGCGAUCUCGGUGGCACGAGUGCUGGAAUCGUUGACCUCGGUGGCUACGGUGGCUACGAUGGAGGAAGCCUGGGAUACGGCGGCUAUGGUGGUGGAGGCUACGGUGGAUAUGGUGGUGGAGGCUAUGGCGGGUACGGUGGUGGAGGCUUUGGCGGCUAUGGUGGCUAUGGUGGCUAUGGUGGCUAUGGUGGCGGAGGCUACGGUGACUAUGGUGGCGGUUAUGGCGGCUAUGGUCGAGGCUACGGCGGUGGACUAGAGAAGAGCGGGUUUUCCAAGGGUGGAGAGUCCGUAAACAACGGCGCUUACCAUGACGAGAAGGGCCUUAAAGGUCAGUCGAGCAGUCGGCUGGCCGAAGGCCUUUCAGCUGGCCAGUUGGCAGCCAAAGACGCCAAGGGUAGCUCUGGAUACUACACUGACGCCGGUGGCGUAACGUCUGGAUAUGUGGACAAGAAGUCGUACGGGGGUGGAAGUCAUUAUGAUCAGAAAGGUAGCAAAGGGGCCGAAGACAAGGCGGCAACUGGGCACAAAAAGGGACACGCAACAAAUGGGUUCGAGACUUCCCACCACAAGGAUGAGACUGGGAAAACGACGACCUUUUACGACGUUGCAAACGACGAGGGUGAUCAUUACGACUACGGAGGCACCCGAGGCGCCUUUGGAGACCAGGGGAAUAAUUAUUACAGCGGUGGGUACCAGGACCAGAAGUACAACGGGGGUGAACACGGGCACAAAGGGCACUACGACAAGGGGGUAAAAUCCGGGAAGGAAAACGGGGACAAACUAGCUUAUGGGAAUCAAGUUUACUAUGGAAAUAACGGACAGUAUGGAGAGGUCGGUGGUAAUGACAGAGCUUCGAUUCUUGGACAUUCGGAAGCCUCGAAAUACUACAAGGGUCAUCCAUCUUAUUACUAACGAUAUGAUAAUUUCAUGAGAGACGGAUGAUCGGACGACGUAUAUAUGCGAUAAUCGAUAUGUAAUAUACGUCGAGUUAUGCUUUAUUUCUGCAAGACGGAAAUCCGAAA